AUAGGCCCCUAUAUACCGCCUCCUCAUGCUGCUGCCAGGCCCCUAAUCUGCCAUAGGCCCCUAUAUACCGCCUCCUCAUGCUGCUGCCAGGCCCCUAAUCUGCCAUAGGCCCCUAUAUACCGCCUCCUCAUGCUGCUGCCAGGUCCAGAGUCUGUCAUGGGUCCCUGUACGGCCUCCCAUUGCUGCUGUCUCCAUCGCCACACUCUGCCAUGUGCCACUUUCAGGGUCUCCUCACACACUGCUGGUGUGUGUCCAGAGUCUCUCAUGGGUCCCUGUACGGCCUCCCAUUGCUGCUGUCUCCAUCGCCACACUCUGCCAUGUGCCACUUUCAGGUCUCCUCACACACUGCUGGUGUGUGAAUUUUUUGACAUAGGGUGCUGGCAGAUUACGGGCCUCCCAUAGCUGCUGCCAG